AUGAGUCAACAGCGAAGGCGACGUAUGGCUGACAAUUAUUUAGUCAUAUGGAUUGAUGCAAAUAUCAACACUGAAAAUGAACAUUUUCAGCAUACACUCUCACAAUUGCAAGGUGUUGUCAAUGAAGUGAAGAUUUGCCUCACGGCAGAAGAAUGCAUUGAAUUACUGAAUGAAAAUAAGAACGAGACAUCUUUCGUUAUCUCCUCUGGUGAACUUGGACAAGUUCUUAUACCAAAUAUUCACUCGAUGCAAAAUCUUGAUACUAUAUAUAUCCAUUCUCACAACAAGGAACUUCAUAGUGAAUGGGCUAAACAUUGGACAAAAAUUAAAGGUGUCCACGACUCAAUCAAGUCCAUAUCAGAAGCAUUGCAAAUAGCUGUCAAGCAAUGCAAUCAAAACAAUAUGAUCGUCAGUAUAAUUAGUGCCGAUGUAGAUGGUUCUAUCGAAAAUCUCAAUCAACUAGAAACAUCUUUCAUGUAUACUCGAAUAUUUAAGGAAAUACUCCUUGAUAUGGAACAUGAUCAACAAGAUAUCGAAGAUUUGGUCACCUUCUGGAAGCAACAAUAUCAAGGUAAUGAAGCAGCACUCAAAACUAUUGAUGAAUUUAAGCGUACUUAUCAUCCAACAUUCGCGAUAUGGUGGUAUACCAGUCAAUAUUUUACAUAUAACAUGCUUAAUCAAGCAUUACGCACCCUCGAUGGUGAUAUCAUUAUCAGAAUGGGAUUUUAUUUAUGUGAUAUUCAUCGACAAAUAGAAGAUUUACGCAGCAAGCAAAUUAAUCAAUGUGAUGGUAAGACAUUCCUCCUUUAUCGAGGACAGGGGCUACAGACGACAGACUUCGAAAAGAUUAGUAAAAGUAAAGGUGGACUAAUAUCGUUUAAUAAUUUUUUAUCCACCAGUAAAGAUCGAGAUGUGUCCCUCGUUUUCGCCAACAGUGCUCUAGGAGCACCAGAUAUGGUCGGUAUUCUUUUUCAAAUGACCAUCGAUCCGAAAGAAUCAUCAACUUCAUUCGCUUCAAUCCGAGAGGUGAGUUAUUAUCAGGAAGAAGACGAAAUACUCUUCUCAAUGCACACAGUUUUUCGAAUUGGUGAAGUUCGACAAAUCGACCAGAACAAUCCACUUUAUGAACUGGAUCUCAAACUCACAGCAGAUGACGACCAACAACUAAAUCAAUUAACUGAUCGUAUACGAGGAGAAAUCGAUGGCAGUGGAUGGUCCCGAUUGGGUCAAUUGCUGUUUAAAAUAGGCCAACUAGACAAGACCGAAGAAUUCUACACGACACUACUAGAGCAGGAUCCAGACGACAGCGAUAGAAUAAAUGUUUAUCAUAUGCUAGGAGCCGUGAAAUACAAACAAGGACAAUACGAAGAAGCACUUUCAUUUUAUCAAAAAGCACUCGAAACCAAUCCAAAAACACUACUAGAAGAUCACUCUUCCUUGUCUGCUACGUACAACGGUUUCGGUCUGGCAUAUAGCGAUAUGGGUCAGUUCUCCAAAGCACUGCAAAUUUUCGAAGAAUCGCAUAAAAUCCUCGAAAAAGCUCGGCAUCCCAGUCACCCCAACUUGGCUACUUCCUACAACAACAUUGGUGAAGUGUAUAGGAACAUGGGUGACAACUGGAAAGCACUUGGAUUUUACGAAAAAGCACAUGAAAUCAACGAAAAAUCUCUACCACCGAACCAUCCGAAUUUGGCCUCAUCCUACAACAACAUUGGUGCAGUGUAUUUCAACCUGGGUGACUAUUCGAAAGCACUUGAAUUUUAA